AUGCGAAUUGUUGUUCAACGUGUACACGGCGCUUUCGUCAAAGUUGGGGAGGAGAUCAUCAGCAGAAUCGGUCGUGGCCUUUGUGUACUUGUUGGUAUAUUCCGCGAUGAUACAGAAGAAGACCUAAAUCGCAUGAUACGAAAGAUCUUGAAUAUACGUUUGUUCAGCGAGAUUUCCGAAAAGCGGUGGUGCAAAAGUGUUAGUGAUUUACGCCUGGAAGUUCUGUGCAUUAGUCAGUUUACGCUAUGCGCCACCGUGAAAAAGAACAGGCCUGAUUAUCACUUGGCGAUGGAACCAGUAAAGGCGCAUGAAUUUUAUCAGAAAUUUUUGGAUGAACUUAGGAACCAACACGGGCAAGAUCUGGUGAAAGACGGCAAAUUCGGUGAACACAUGGACGUACAUCUCGAAAACGACGGUCCGGUCACAAUUGUAUUGGAAUCACGAAAGGAUGAACUGUCGUCAGUUUCACAGACAACGUGUUGA